AUGUUGAGCAAAGAUGAAGAAAAUCUUCAUUCAUCAAUUGAAAUUACUCCACCUACUCGUUCCAAUCGAUUAACUCCAAAUGAAAUCGCUUGUGCUCGACAAAUUCGUCUUCGUGAACUUCAAAUGUGGAAAAGUAUUCGAGAAAUCAUCUUUUACAUUUCUUUUCUUUCCCUUCUGUCUGUGAUUGUUUAUUCAAAUCAUAAUGAAAACGCUUCGUUUCAAGUUCGACAUCUUCGAAAAUCAUUCUCAGUGGAAAUCUCAUCAAUGAACGAGUAUUGGGAAUGGUUAGAAGAAGAUUUUGUUGGAAAGAUUCGUGCACACAAAUGGUACAAUGGAAAGAAUGUGGAAUAUCUUCGUGGAUAUCUCAAUGACACUUCAAAUCGACUUCUCGGUUGGGCGUUGAUGAAACAAUCACGAAUUCGAACACAACUAUGCCCACAACGAAUCAAAUUAAAUUAA